AUAUAUAUAUAUAUGUAUGUAUGUUAAAUUGAUUUAUAAGAAUUGCAAUGUGUACAGUAUAUAGAACAGAAAGGGUUGUAAGAAUGCUGCAUCUUUGGAGAGUUCAAAUAUGCAUGAUUUGCAUGAAUAUUUUUUUUUUAAACUUGUGCCUUUACUGCUAUGCAAGAGAAUGUUGAUACAUUUUUAUGCAUCAUCGAAGUUUGGCACAUUUACUAAAGAGUAAUGCCGUAUCAUAUUUUGUUAGCUUUGCUUUCUACAUUUUCAGUUCAUCUAAUAUUGUUUUAUUUUAAAUUUCUGUGGCCUCUCAUUAGUGGAUAAAGGUAAGCUGCCAGAAGCUGUUGUUAAAAAGCUGACAGUGUUAAAGCAGCUUCAACUUCAACUUGUUUUCAUUAGACUCUAAUCUGAAAAAGUGCAUAUUAUGAUAUCACUUUGACUUCUCUGCAUGAAAUAAGCUUAAUUCUUCUUGCUACCGGUAAUAAAAAAAAGUGUUGAGCAUUCAGUCUUUUAUUCGCUAAUUUUAAGAAAUGUGAUUGGAGAUUCCUUGAACAUUCACAUUCUAAAUGUGCAUAAUUCUUUGGGAAUUUUGAUUAAUUUUAUAGAAGUGAAGAAAGUAAUUGUUCUUUUCUUCCUGAAUUUAAUCUAUUCGGUCAUUAAAAAGUAGAAUUUUUGCAGGUAGACUAAAGAAUAUGUUAUGAAUGGACUGUAUAUAACAAGAGAAAUGCCCAGGGUAUAUUUAUAUUUUGUUAUUCCACCAGAAUAGUUUGUUUAGCAAGUGACACUGCGUACCUCACUGCAGAGUAAUACAGUCUAUCAUACAGUAAUGCUCAUUUAAAUACUUACAUUUUGUAAGAACUUUUAUUUUUGGCAUAGACUCAUAUGAAAGGAAACAUGAAAGAAUAAAGGCAUUGAGGAUAAAUGGCCACACUUUUUUCCCUGUGAGUCAUUAUUUUCUGGGGCAGAUGGACCCCACCCAUUCAUUAGCAAGUCAGAAGGAACAUGGUUUCAGUGGGAGCUCUGACAAACAAAGGGCUGCUGAAGUGAUUAUGGUCUUCUCUGUGGCAUAACAACAAAAUGAAGACCAAAAUUAAACAUUCUGAUAAUUUAUCCCUGACAUAUCUCAGAAAAAUUGCUUUGUCUAUGCUAAGGGACCUUAGGAACCUGAGUAAAAGUUUCAGCAGUUCGUGAAUGCUCCAUAAUUUUUCUUCCAGGGUUAAAAUGUAGAAUAUUAUUUUUGGAGCCAAUUUUUUGUUUGAGGUAUUUUGAUUUGUUUUCCUUGCAUGAAGUGCUAUGCAACUUUGCUGACUUAUCAAUAAGCUUUCCCAGGGAGACAGGAAUACUUAGGUAUCGUUUUUCCCCAUUCCUUUUUUCCUUUCUCCAAAUCACUCUCAGACUGAGGGUAUUUUUGUAUUUCUCUUACUUUUCAGUCUUACGUAGUAGGUGCUGUUACUAAAACAGAGAGAAGCAACACGCUUUUCUAGAGAAAAAUCACUUCUUAGCAGUAAUGUCACUCUUGUAAUGAAAAGCAUUAUACUUUAGCUUAUUUGUCCCCUAAUUCAGAAUAUAGUACUUGACCUGCUGUGUUCUCACUGGCUUGUAGAAACCACUGCAUCUCUUGUGAUUAGCAGCCAUGGGAUAUGAAUCUUUAAGCAAAUUUCCCAUCUAUAUCUUUAUCCAGAUGGGCAAAUAUUACCAUGGCAAGAUUUUACUAUUCUGAAGAAUAUUUCUGAAGCAUGCUCCAGAAGUGUAUGUCCCCUAAUGAAGCUGUAGUAAUACCGGAGCAUAACAGAAUUUUUUCUUCCAAAAGCCUGUAAAUACCAGUUCCAUAUGAUUCUCUAAACAUUUACCACCUUAGCAAAGUAUGACUUUGACUUCUGUUAUAAAUAACAACACCUAUGGUCUACCUGUUUUGAUAUUUGCCCUGUAAAAUGACUAUUAGCAGGAGGAAAAAGAAUUAUUGAAUUGCACAAAAAUCAAAUGAGUUUCCAAGAGGAAAACAUUUUCACUCGUUGAUUAAAAAUUGUCUUCUGAUGUAAAACAUAGAUUGUAUGUGUGUAUAUAUAUAAUUUACAUAUCUCUAUAUGUAUAUGUGUAUAUAUUGGACAUCUGUAUAAAUAUGAGAACACCCACAUUUUUAUGACUGUUAAACAAUUUAAUAAACAUUUGUUUAAUAAUAUACAUAUAUAUACAAACUAAAUAGAAAAUGCAUAUAGAUGAACACUGUGGAUGUUCUCAUCAAUAUAUGUGUAAUCUUUUUUUCUGAACUGAAGAAGCUCAUGGUCUCAAUAAUGUCUUGUGGCAAGGAAUUCCACAGGCUGAUUAUGUGCUGUGUACAAACGUUCUUUUUUAUUGGUUUUGAAUGUGAUGCCUUUAAUUUUAUUGAAUGUCCCUUGUUAUGUAGUAUAAGAAAAAGGAAAACAGAAAUUCCCAUUUUGUUUUUCCUUAGAGUAUAUACUUUUUUUCUUCAGUUUUUCUAGCUAGGCUAAAUGAAGAGAUUUUUAUUAUUAUUAUUAUUAUUAUUAAUAUUUUAACUUAUAUACCUUGAAGUCUUCACAGUGACAUCCUUUGCCUGGCUCUGAACUUACAGUGUUACUGACACGUUUUGAGCUACCGUGUUCCCCAUAACACUUAGCAGAACAUCUCAGUUGUUCUCUUUCAGUUGAGUUAAUCCAAAUGAUGGCAGAGAACAUGUGAUAGUGAUUCCUUUCCAUUUCAACCCAAAAAGAUAUAAAAAUGCCCUAUUACUAUAAUUUUAAAGCUUUGGCAUCAAUAAUUUGCCCCAGUUACUACUUAAAAAAGAAUUUAGAGAAAAGUUGUGCAUAAAUCCCUAUGAUAUGCUGGGGAGCAACUUCUUAUAGCUCAAAUCUAAACCCUGAUAAACUGGGCUUUUGCCAAGCUGUUUAUCUAGAGUGGUUUCAUAGGUACAUGCAUAGUACAGGUUAGCAGAGAGAGACUGACUUCUUAAAUGGAAGAAAAAUGUUUAUGUUCAAAGUAACAGACAAGGAUUUAGCAUAUAAAAUUAUCUUCAGAAUUGAUUCACAGUUCAUUCCCUUUCUGUUUCCAAGCUUCAGUACGGAAGAAGAAGGGUAAGGGGAAGCAUUUUGUCUCUUGUUUAACCUGUUUCUCACCUUUCCAUAGUGGAGGAUAAUAACAUAAUGUAAAUGUUGGCAUAUGGUCCAGUUUAUUUUAUGGUGUCAAACGUACAUUAGUUAUUGUAUAUGUUUUUUAGUUAUUUAGUUAACAAAUUGCAAACACACUAAGAACUUAAGCAGAAGACUACAUUUGAAAAUAUUCCCCACAUUCCCUCCUUUUGUCUCCUUUCCUUCACCUUGCCUUUCUUUCCUUCUUUCUAUCCAACUCUUUUCCAAACCCUUCCAUUUCAUCUCCUCACAGUUACUGUGCUAACUGGCAGCCUCUGAGAGUACAUGGCCAGUAACACAUCCUCAGUGUAGUCCUACGUUAGUGAUUUCACUUGUCUUUUUUGACGGCCAAAUGUUACUUACGUAACCACACUGUCUCUAUCUCAGGAAGUAGGGAUCUUGCACACAACACUUGAACUUUUGACCUGGAGAAAUGCUGCUCUGCACAAUUUUAACUUUUUAUAUAACAUCUUCCACACUGUCCCGUAUGCAUGGAGUGCCGUCCCUGAACUGAUUCAUAAGGCCACUACCUUCUCCCUGAAAUCUCUCCUUAAGACCCGCUUCCCCUAUGAUCCCUAUUAAGCAAUCAUCUCAGUAAUGAUGGCUAGGCAGAGGGACAGGUAGAUGACAUAGUGAUGCUAUUUUAAUAGUUUUUAUAAAUGUAACUGCAUAUAUAUGUAUACAACUUCGUUUGUGUUUAGUUGUAUUUUUCCAUACUCCUGUAUGUCAUUUUGCUUUCCUAGACUGUAAGCUCCUAUGAGCAGGGACUGUGCCAUUCACACGUUUUCAUGACGUCUAGCCCAAGGAAGAGCCUUAAACCUCUCUGGGCCCCUAGGUGGUAGCUGGUAAAACAGUCUGUGUGCUGCUCUUUGACAAAGCUCGGUGUCCCUGAAAGGAAGGCUAGGCUGUAGGCAGUGUCUUGUCUCAGCAGUGAAGCUUUUGCUUUUUAAUAUUAAACAAAUUCAGGUUAUUUAUUUUCCUCUCCUUAUUUUUCUCUUCCUUCCUGACCUCCUUUCAGGUCACUAACAGAGAUUCAGCUAGUGGUAUUUUCCAUUCUUGAUUCAGAAAAAUGUGCCAAAUAAACCCCAUUGCUACUGUUACGUUUUGGCAGCUUAUAAAAGCCUUUACAUUUUUAUAGUAGUUAUCUGUCAAGCAAAAUGCAGUUUUCUGGGUCACAGGUGAGGGAGACAUUAAGAUGGAACUAGUGGCUUUUGUGGUUCUGUUUGACUGGUUUUUUGGUUGUCUUUGGAUGAGGGUUCUGGUUCAAUGGGAGGUUGGGAAGAGUAUAGGCGGCAUUUUUAUAUUGAGUACCGACUAUAUGCCAUUUGUGACUAAAGACAAAGGUAAUAAAAUCUUAAAGUUAUGAAAAAUUUAGAGCAAUAUAUCUUGGGCAAUAUUACCAUUUUGCUGCAGUUUCAUAGCACAAAUUACUAACAAGUAAGGAAUCCUCAGUCUGUGCCACUGACUUUCUGCUUACAGCAGCUGCCUAACUCAGACAAAUAACACCCGGUUUUGGAUUGUGGCUUUGGAGGGGAUGUGUUUUUAAUAGUAAAAUUAGUCUCUGGAUUUUACAGGAUGUCAGGGAGGGAAAAGAGGCAUUAUUUUUUUUUCUUAUGUGACUCAUAAGUUUUCAACAACAGAUUAACAGUUGUAGCAGCAAGCUUUUUUGAUGCAGUACUUAGAAUAUUUAAUUCUAGAUAAUAUGUGGUUAGCCCAUUCAUACUGAAGAAUAUUCAAAAUAUCCAUGAAAAUUAAAACUAAGAUUUGAAAAUACUCUAAAAAUAAAACACUAAUAGAAAGUUUAUUAAACUCAUUAUGCAUUUGUUUCAAUCAUAAUUCCUAUCAUCACUGCAAGAAAUAGAUAUCAUUAGAUUUUCAAAAUAUUUUAAGGUAAUAAAUUUGACUUCAUGAAAGUUUUAUAUGGCUUGUGAAAAGCUUGCUUUUGAGGGAUUCUAUCUUCAGUUUUUAUUUUGAGGUACUUGCUAAUAACUUCUUGUGGAUGGAGAAUUUUAAAAUGAUAUGAUUCUUAACAAGUACGUACUGUAAACAUCUAGAUGUACGAUUCAAAAGUUUUGUACUCUGAAGCUUCUUACUGCCAAGAAUUGGGUUUGAUUUAGUGAGUAAUUUGGGAUUUUCAGUGAAAGCUUAAGUAGACAGUUUUUAAAUUAAAAGCUAAUAUAAAAAUCCUUGGGAGACAUUUCAAGAAUUUAAGAGAAAGUAGAAAAUUAAGGCACUGCAGGCUACAUUUUCUUAGUGAAAUGCAAUGACAAGAUUAAAAAAAAAAAACAACAACAAAAAAACACUUUUGUACCAAAAAACCCUACUUUGACGGUGUCAUGAGAGUGUCAGUUGUGAGCUGUGGGGAUUCGUUAUUUAUUUUUUAAUAUAUUUGAUACAUAAUCAAAGUAAAAUAAUUGUGUGCUGAUAAUGCUGAUCUUUGGGUUUUGUUGUGGGCUAAAGGACCAAAUAGUAGGAUUUUCCUCCUUUGAGCAGUUUAGAUGCUAGUGCUGCCUCUCAAAUAAAAAAAUAACUGUGUUAUCAUCAACAUAGACUACUGUUACCUGGCAUCAAGUCUUAGCUGCAUUUGAAUGGAAAAAUAUCAGUUGAUGGCAUUCAAAAGAAAUAUUAUUAGCUCUGUCUGCAAUAAGCAUUCACACUUCAUCUCAUCCUUGUUGUCCAUUGUUUCAAAGGUGGCACAUUCUAAUGGCAUCUGAAACAAUGAAAUUGCAGAGCAGAUAUAUAUAAAUGAAUGCCAAACAAUGGAUUAACUUAAAGUUUUAUGUUACGUUCGAAGAAACCCCUCAAAAAAGACGUCUGAGUUCUGAGUCAUUUUUUAAUUUCAAUAUGAUGGAGUUGAUGAUGGAGAUUUGUCUGCAGGAAACAAUGGAAAAAUCAUCAAAACAACUCUUACAGCCCUCACAACAUCAGCUUCUUUGAUAGUUUCCAGUAUCUGCAGCACUUCUAUGUAGGAAGAAGGUUUUCAGAUCUUCACCAGACACUGUAUUUUAGAAGAUGAGAUCAAAAGGCAUCAGACUUAAUGAAGAAUUCUCGAACAGUGUCUUUGUAAGUAAUUGAUUUGCAUUACCUAUUUGAAAUUCUAAUGAGCUAGCAAUGAUAAGAUGAAGGUUGUCGUGUGGUUGUUACUUUCGCUAGCAUAAAGCAGUGAUGCUGGGUGGAAUUUAUGGUGUAUGUGUGUGACAUAAUAUGAACUCCAUCUUUGUGUUGAUGAAGAAGGUUGCAAGAUUUAUAACUUGUAGUCUGUCUCAUGUGGAGUCCACAGAAGUGUAAGAGGAUACAGGAUUUGGGUCAUAUACAAUAUACCUGCUUUUAAAAUACUUUGUAACAUUGAAUGAGAGCACAUUUUGGGGACAAAAAUGCUAGGUUUUCCACUGCGGAAAAAAAAAAGUAAUUGAAACCUAGCAGAUGUGCUGUUUUUCAGCAACAUUUGACACCGAAUCUUAAAUUAAUGUGUAACUAUAAUGUUAACAUUAACAUGCAAGUUCUGCAAACAAGGGUUCGUAUUACUUGAGGUGGGAAGCUUUAAAUGGCAUUUUGAAAAAACUGGGAAUCCCUGAACAGGGAGGUCAGAUGAGUCACUGUGCGGGUGUUCUCAUUUACACUAUUAGUAUUUUGAAUUUAUCAUAUUGUUCUCUAGUGUAUGUAGUGCCUUUCCCUAAUACUUUGUUUUCUUUGCUACAGGACAAUAACUGAAAAGGUUUUCAAAACCUUUCUGCAUCAACCAACAAGAAAAUGGUAUAAAAGAAGUUGGAAAAAGAAUUGUAAGUGUUAAAGAAAAUAUGGGUUUUGUAGCAUUUGGAGCCAGAUGAAUGAAAUACGUUGGCAUAUGUGAGUGUCACUUGUUAUACUCAGAUAUUAUCAAUCGAAUGUUGAACAACAUAUUAAAAAUCAUGAGUGUAUGAGGAACAGUAAGAAUUGCAUAUAUUCCCCAACGUGGUACAAUUAGGACAAUGGAAAAAAAUUCAACACUUUUAAUGUGUUCUCUCUCUUUUUCAGGAGCCAAGGAGAUGAAGGACUUACCUCCCUCAUCUCAAAACUCCUUUUGCUGCAGUUUUUCUUCAAAUGUUCAUAUACCCAUGUUAACUAAUUCCUAAUACAAUCAAAAAUAAAUGUUUUUAGAUACUUCGUCAUAGUUUGCUUGUUUUUUCCCUUCGGUGUGGAAGUGUGAGAGCAAGUGCAAGAAUGGAGAGGCUGCAAGUGUCUUAGUUCCUCCACCUUUCUUUUCGGUGUCUUUUGGUUGAUUAUGUUUCUAUUCUGACUAGGCCAAAUUUUCAAAUGCUGUCUCUUAAACAGAAUAUCAAAUUGCCACAUAAAUUCCACCUGGCUUGCAGGGUAGGAGUGGGUAUUGACUAUAUUCUCUGCUUUGUUUUUGUUCUUAAACAGAAACCAGUGUUAGACAAUGACCAUUCCUCUUUCAAGGUAGGCUGAAUUUUGAAAGGCUGAAGAAUUGCAGGUGCAUUUUAAAUGCCUGUAAAAUAAUCUUAUCAAUUGAACAUACUGUUGAAGAGCUGGUACUUGAAAAUUGUAUCUAGAAAGAAUUUGAGCAGUUAUCUGCCUUCCUAAAAUUACUUUUGAUUGUGUGACUAUGAUAUGUAAACAUGACUUAUAUGUAGUAAUGUGAAAUUAUUUUUAGGCCUAGAAACACAAAUAAGACUUUCUUUCAAGAAAGUUUUGAUAGUUCCUUAAUGUGAAUACAUACAAAUAGUUUCUCUAAGUCAUGUAAUUAUGUUUGUAGAUACUCAGUGAUUAAUCUUACUAACAGUUUUUAUGUUUUACUGAUUUAUUUUACAUUAUUUUCACAUUUUUGAAUUUCUUGUACAUUGGAGAGUUUAUGGUAUCUCGGACAGCAUAAAUGUAUUUUUACUCAGUUUUAGUAGAGGGGAGAUGUUUCAAAUGGCUUGUGUUUUUGAUUGUGUUGCAAAGCACUUCUGUUAUUUUUCUCAUGCUAACUUCUGAAGUAAUAUUCUCUUUAUGUUAUUUGCAAUAUGAAAAACAUGUGAUUUUGAUACUGUGACUUAAACACAGUCCUGUAAAUUGUUUAUUUGGAUCAGAGCUGGAACAAGUUAAUUCCAGAUUGAAAUGUGCUCAUGGUGGCAGGUUCAUGAGUAUUAGUCUAAUGUUCUAACUGAAAACUCAGAUCAUUUAAUUUCAAUGUAUUAUUUUCUAUAACUAUAUCACUUCGGUGGCAUAAGCUCAACUUGUUGUUUCUUUCCUCUAAAUUUGAUCAUAAACAAGUUUGGGUUUAAAUCUUGACCUUGAAUAUUCUUCCACUGAAACAAUUAUUUAGCUAUGGGUUGGCCUGUUAAUUAUUGGCAAUAUGUUGAGGAACUAGUUAUGCCUUAUCUACUUUUAGUCUUUGAUUUUUUUCUCUAUUCACAUUCAGAUAGCUAAAAAAAAAAAAAAAAAAAAAAAAACACAUUAGUUUCCAGUGAGCAUACCUAAUGCAACAGAGAUUCCUUUUUAACCAUUUCCAGAUACAUAAUCUGUUUUUCUGCAGAGACACUACAGAUUUAUUCAUCAAAUACAGUUGCUUCUAUGACAAGCAGCGUUAUCAUAUGAGCUUCUAUAGUCCAAUCAAGCUUGCUUUUGAAAUUAGCAGAUUCUUAUCUUGAUGUUGCACCCCCAUUGGUAUUAGACAGCUGUUCCAGAAUUUUGUUCAUCUGCUUCUUUGAAAGCAUUAUGUAGAUUCCCAUAUGUACUGUUUGCCCAAAUUGUCCUUUACACAGUUCCUCCCAACACAUAGGCAUUCAUCCUGAAGUAUUUAUCAAGUAUUUAUCAUUCUUUAAUGAACUAAGAAGGGCAAAGACAUUUGCCUCUGUAUGGGAAGUUACAAAAAUCCAAAAGUAAUGCAAUGGACGUGAGAGCACCUGCUUGUUUCAGACGUUCUUUCUGUGCAUGUGUAUUUGUAAUUUAACACAUAUUAGCUUCGGGUCUUUAUGCUAAAAACAAAUUACUGGUAGUUAAACCUAAAAGAAAGAAAUAAUUUUUUAAAAAGGAAGAUAAAAACAACUCCACAGGGGCAUAUCUUUACGUGGUUUAAAUGCAUCUUUAUGCAUUUUUAAUAUACAUAAGACUACUCCUUUAGUUUUAGUGUCUGAUUUUCACAGAUAAUUGACAAAGAAGAACAGAUUGUACUGGUUAAUGAAAGAAAUUGAACUAAACUUGCACACUCACAUUUAGGGAAGGCAGUGGAAACAAAGUAUGUACAUAUGCAGUACCUGACAUUACGACCUAAGUUUCUAGACCGGUUGACACCAAGGAAGAAUGAAUGCCCUGUGUAUCCAUCACUUUUCAAACGGAAAAGUUCAUGUGCCAAAUAUUUGACUGUGGUUGACUGCAAAUGCUAGAAAAGGUGGGUGAUACUACAUCAUAUAGGUGCAACUGGCAUUGUAUUAAAUUUUGCGUAACAGAUUGUGCCUGGUACAGUUUCUGUCUGUAUCUAUCUUAGGUAUUUACAAGGCAUCUAUCACCUUGGUACCUAAACAGUUUGAAAAAUGCACCCACCCCAGGAGGCAUGAUGCAGAUACAGGCAGAGGCCCAUGUCCAGAGCAGCAGAGGCAGGUCCCAGGAAGCUCCCCAACUGUGGUACCGCUGUUGUUGAGCUCCUGGCCCACUUGUGGCCAAGGAACAUCUCCACCUACCUGUCAGCAGGAAGACGGUACCCCACCCCUCACGUCCAGCUCUACUGGUGGGGAAUCUGAAAAGGAAAUGUAAAUGGAAAAGGCAACGGUCCAGUAGCAGAGGUGAAACAGAAAUGGUGGGAUUUCAAAAGGAGGGAUUCUUAAAGAACAGCACAUCUCAGGGGAGGGAUCAACUGCCAGUCCAAGUGGCAGAUGUCACUGGGGAACAAGAUGGGGAGGUUCCUGGAUCCUCGGGGCAAGCUGGCCGUCUCCGAGGGAGCUCGCCGUCCACGCCGGCUGAAGAACAGGAAUCCUCGGUGCCUGCCUCUGACGAAGACUCACCGGCCAGGACCACAGAGAGCUGGCAGUGGCCGUUGUCCUCGUCUGAAACGCACAGCAACGUUGGGGAGGAUUUUGAGGGAUUUCAAACGCCAGCGCGGACUCCGGAGUGUACCAUGGACAUACAGUCUCCCGGGGAUCAGUCACUCAGUAGGACUCCUCAGUUUGAAAGUGACUCUCCUGAGGAGGAGGGCAAUGAUGAGAUGAAUGAAGAGCACCGCGGUGUUGAGCCUGUCCCUAGGGAUCGGGGUUGGAGAGGGCAGCCCCAGCUAACAGAGGGAGAGAAGCUGUUGAUGGAAACCAACAGUAGGAUUGUGCAGCUGCUGGAAAAUAUCAAGAGGGAGCAUGCACAGUCCAUGGGUCUCAUGUCACAGUCCAUGGGCCGCAUGGAGCUGCAGCUGGGCAUUGUGGCUACCUCCACAAGAGCCAUCCAUAACUACCUGUCAGAGAUUUUAGCUUUUCUCAAGCAGCCACGGACGCAGGUCCUUGAAACACGCAUCUCCCAAAGAGCCACCCCCCAUGUCGAGUUAACCUGUGCCUCGACAUGGACUGGUGAGGAUGCAGUGGCAGCCUCCACUGUGUGCUUACCAGGGGCCGAAGGGACGAGCGACUCUCGAGAACCGCCGCAGGCCACGCUGCCUUGUCGCAGUGGCCGGCUGCAGAGAGCCAUAACCGAGAGGGCCUCGUUGCCCAUGCCUACGCGCCAGGCAAAAGGGGGAGGGAAGAAAAAAUAACCACACCGUAGGAUUUUUAGGGUUUUUUUUAAUGUGCCUGUCCUUUUAAUUCUUAGCCAUAAGGCCAUCAGUGGCAGAUUUCAACCAUUUCCUACAUUGGCUAACAUUGUAUUCUGGCUGACUAGAUUAGUCUAACAUUUUGUAGUUUAUAUUUGCACUGUUAACAAUGUGUGCUGCUGGUAUUUGAAGAACAUUUGCCUCUGUUCUUUCACUUUAACUUCAUACAAGCAUUUUUUUACUCUGUGCCAGGCAUUCAUUGCUUUUCUUACAAAUACAAGUCAUUUCUUGAGGCAGCUGUUUUUUGAGUUUUCUUUCUCCAUUAUCCCAUCCCCUCUGAGCAAGCAUUCUGGAGUUGGUGGUAAGUAUACAGGUCUUGGCAAUACUCGCCUCCAAAACUGUGUUCGAUCAGUCUUUGCCUGGUGUUUCUGGCAUGCCAGCCUGAGGUGUUGGGGUUAGCCUGUACUGGAUCAUGAUCAUUCUUAUCCUCUGUGGGUCUGACGAGCUCACUUUCUAAGACCCUCGGUGGAGCUAAUCCACGUGUCUUGGCUAUGUUGUAUUAGAAGUAAUGUUGCCAGGAUCAUACCUCAUAUUUAUCUUUUGGGGCUUGUAUAGUAACGUGCCACCAGAUCUAUCUAGGCACCUGACUCUCGUUUUCAAAGUUCCUUUUACGAUGGAUCUGGUGGUUGGAUGGGCAGCAUUAUAAUUUUUCCUCUGAGAGAGUCUGAGGAUUUGAAACAGGAGUCACUAAGCAAUGUGUUCUUGGGGAUAAGAGCCAUCUCCUACACCAAAUGUACUAGGAGGAGACUGUCCCCUGUAAUUAUCACAGAUAUUAAUUAUUUAAGAAAAUGAAAAGAAAAAAGAAAAAAAAAACCAACUUGCCUAGCAGCCAGACCUCUUGAGAAUGUAAAUGUCGUGACAUGCUGUUGGGUAUUGUGCUACUAUGUCUGUGAUUAAGAGCUUUUCAUCAGAGAUGACCUACAUGCUGAUAAAAUGCAACUACUUUCUGUGCCUUUAGGCCAUCUAAUUUCCUGAGGGCUGGCACCCUGAGUAGAACAUGGGUGCAAUUGGUAACCCACAGGGCAGAUGGAAAUGCACUUUGCAAUAAAUUAUUUUAUAUCUGUUGGUGCUGCCUCUCUCGGGGGAAUUUAAUAUAGUGGCACUCAAAUUGCUAUAUGCAUGCAGAGGCAUCAGACUGGCUUAUCCAUGUGGUAUCCCUGACAGUUCUCUGGAAGGAUGCUGUUACCAGGAGUCCCUUGAGCGUGGUAACUAAUGAUCACAGGUGUAGCAUGGCUCCUGUGUUUGACUCUCCACAUACCUUUGUAACGUUUUGUAAAGAUUCAGAAGAGUUUAUAUGGCAAAGCAGUGAUGAAUUUCUCCUUUGGCAAAUACUAGAAAAUAAUUGUAGGCCUAAAAAUCCUCUUCUGUGAAUACAGCUGAGCGGUGCUCUCUCUGUCCAGUGAGCCAUAGCCUCUUCUUUCUUGUCUUUCUCUGAGACUGAAGUUAAUCAAAAUAAAGCAGAUACAAUAUUUUGUUAUUCUACCAGUCAGCCACAGAUUGCUCCCUUAUAAGUGUGUGUGCGUGCGUGCUUGUGGCUGUACUUUGCUAAAUGAAUGGUUUAAUGAUGAAAUGUAGCUGGCAUGGCCAACCUCCAGUGUAGGCUCUUUGCAGUAGAGAGUAUUUCUUCCCUUCCACCUACAUCCAGCUGUGUUCUCUCUGAGACUACCAUUGGAGGUGUGCUUCUUCGGUCACACUGCUGACACACUUUACACCAGGUGCAAAUUUUUGCACCCCUUCCAUUGCUUUUUUAUAUCUCUUUUUGUUAAAGCUGUUUAUAAAUGUGUCCUCAGAGAAUUUCCAAUACAGGCUUGUAAGAUUCCCCUCUCAUUGAUACAAGAAAUGCAUGUUGCUGAAUGUUUAAGAUCACAAGAAGGUUGGGAAAGAAGUCCAUUAGUGACCUUUGACAAAUUAUUCCAGUACGUGUGGCCUUUUGAACACGUGUUUCUGGUGCAUACAUGGUUUGCACACUGGUACCGUGGAUAUGAACAGCCAAGCUAAAGGCAAAGACAAGUGGAAGUUUGUCCCAGUAUGCUUACAUCUUAUUUCUUUGGGAUGAGUUUGAACGAAGCUGAAUACAAAUCAGCCAAUUAAUUUUCUUGGCCUAAUUAACGUGUGUCUGAUAAUACAGUGAGAAUGUUUUUAUUUUACAUACUAUUUUCACUUCAAAAGUGUGGUGCAGUAUGUGGUCAGAUGCUAAGAUUUUGACGUACUCUGCAGGACCCGCCAUGUAGCUGCUGCCAUUUAGAAUAAAUCGCAUUCCACUGUAGUUUUAAAAGGACACCCUCCGCUCUGCAUUCGGAUCAAAGACAGUAGAGAAAAAGAAGAAGUUGCACAGAUGCAGCAGUGCUGCCGGUGGAAAAACUGCAUGAGGAACACCUAAAGAGUUCCUUGCAAAGCAGCUCAUGCUGUCACCUGAUCUCUCCCAUUUCUCAGUGCUUUAGCUAGAUAUGGAAAGACACAAAGCCACUUGAAUGGGAGCAGUUAUAGGGUGAGAAUGACUGAGAAACUGUCCACAGGCAAGAAACCUGCAAUAAACUCACACAGAAUGAAGUUAUUCCAGCUGGAAGUAGUAUAUGGUAUUAAUAAUUGGUACCAACUGAUAUUUUGGUCAGAUCUUAAAUUAAGAUCUGACUUAUAGUAUUGUCUAGCAAAAUCAGUGCAGUUGGAGAGUAUGUAUGUUUCAUCCCCAAACAAAUAUUUUCAUGCUUUUCAAAUGUCUGUCAUAGCCUCAUCACUCUUUCCCUGUAGCUUUUUGUUGUCUGAAUGGGUAUAUGGUUACAUGUGUCUGUUAAAAUAAAGGGGAUCCUCAUUCUUAUGUGGUAUAUUUAUAUUUCUUAUGUACAGAUUUUGAGUACCUAAUGCCUCAUUUUCACAAACUUCCUUCUCUCUCUAUCCCAAAGACCAGUUUUUAGGCCUUCUGGGAUGAUAAAAAGGGUGGAAAAGACUUAACCUGAGAUCUCUCCACCCUUUAAGCUCUUGGUGAUAGAUCCCCUGAGUACAAUUUUACAGUCUAGCCAUAUUUUUGUUGUAUAGGUCAAAUGUUAAUGGUGACACCAUUGCUUUAUGAUGACGCCUUUUGCUGAGCGGAAGUGCAGAUAUUUUUCCUUCAUAAGUUCAGAGUUUGUAUUACAAAAUCUUAUGAAAUGUGACAUGAAGUUUAUUUUAUUUUUGAAUACAUGUGAUGGUUUUAAGAUUUUUUUUUUCCUUUCUUCCUUUCACCAAAUGAUUUAAAACACACAAAAAUAAAGCAGACCAAUGAAAAAAAAGUCAAAUGAUAACUUCAAUUGAAUAGAAACAGCAACACCACUCUUGUGAGAAAGUUUUCAAUAGUGUUCUGAUUCUCCUCAGUCUUUCCUUUCCUGCCUGCUCCCUGACCCUCUGUUACACUAAAAUAACAACUCCUAGGACAGCCUUCUUUCUAACCAGGGGGCUAAAAGUUCUUCCCUCUCUUCUUCUCCUGUUAAAAACGUCAUCCUUGCAUCUGCCAGAUCUACUGUGUAGAGGGAUCAAAAACUUUUUUCCUCCUGCCUUAUUCCCAUCCAUAUCCAUAUCAAGGGCCCUGAGUAUGCUGCUCUCCAGUGAGAGGUAAAGCUUAAAUCCCUAAAUCUGAUGCUUUGCAGACUAGCAUCAUCUGUAGACUGACAAAAGCCUGCCUUUUUUUUUCAGUCUGUAAUAACCUAAUGGAGUAGGUAUCCUUUUCUGCUGAAAUAAAAAUCGAACGUUUGGGAGGUGGAUCUAAUUGCUGAAAAUUAACAGUGCUCCUGCUCACGUUGUGAAAGCCUAGUAGCCUGGCUAAGGUAUUCCAUUUACAUAAAUAUCACAGCCAAUAUAACUGAUCUCUACUCUGGUGAAACUUAAGGAAAAGACAGUAAAUUAACAUGAUUAUUAAGUACAGAAUAAUCAAUAUGGUGCAGCCUGUUUUUUCUUAGGGAAGCAAACGUGUUGAAAGGGGUAGAAAGAAAACUUGUUGGUAUGGUCUAAGUUUGGAUUCUAGUACAGGUUCAAAAUUCAAACUGUUCUGCUGGCUUGGGCUACUCAUUGAAUUUCUCCAUGCCUUAGUUUUGUAGUAGUAGAAGUAGCAAUAAAGAAGCUGUAAGGCCAUAAUUAGUUGAUUGGUGCUUUGAGGUCCUCAGUCUAAGGAAUGUAUUAAACACUGAUGAGUCUUGUUUGUGACCACAGUUGGAAAUGCGGCUAAAGCAAAUGCUCUGAAGUUCAGAAGAUCUCAAUUGAAGUUUUUUCCCUGUCUUUUAUCGUUGUGCCAUACAGUAGAUUAGGAUCCCGAAUCCAAAUGUUGAAGUUCUCAUUCUGAUUUGGACUUUGAUUGUUUGGUCUGUUCCUGACCACAACUAAAUGCAUUCCCAGAGUUAAUAAAAUAAAUAAUAAUAAUUAAAAAAAAAAUCAUAUAAAAGUUUCAUUUAAAAAUGAUGCAAUUGCUUACAAUGCUAAUCUAAUAAUCCAAAAGCAUGUAGAUUAGACAUGAUUAAUUGAGGAAAUUAGGCAUAAAAGAGCACUUCUGGAGUACUUGUUAUUGUCCAAAAUAUCGCUGAAAUUCUGAUGACUAAGUACAGUCUGCUUAUCUCUAUUUGAAACAGUUCUUUACAGAUUCAUUAUUUCUAAAGGUCUUCUUUCCAUUUCUAUAUAGAUAUUGUCCCUUCACAUUUUGAAGGUUUGAAGAAGAGGAUUGUUUUUCGAGUCACACUAAGUAAACAUUAAAUGCAUGCAGGCUUAAAACUAAAGCAUGCAUGUUAUGUAGCAGCAAUAAAAAGUGCUCGGCUUGCACGACUUAUGAUGCUCAAGCAUUGCCUUGUUAAAAUGCCAAAAAAAAAAAAAAAAAACCUUUUUCUUUGCAUUUUUUUGAAAAGUAAAUCUCUUCCUUUGACCUUGCAAUACUUAAUUUUUCAGGUUUUGGACAAAUGAUAUUUAUUUUACUGAAUACUUUUAUA